AUGUACAUCCGCGCAGUCCACGCCGAGCUCGACGUCCCGACGUUGGUCGACUUUGUCAAGAACAACCCGCUUGGGCUGUUCACCACCUCGAUCAAGUCGGACAUUGCGGCCACGAUCCAGACCUCGCACAUCCCCUUUGUCAUCGACGAGGCGGAGGGCGGCCGCCCAGCGCGCCUCCGUGCUCACAUGGCACGUGCCAACCCUCAGGCCAAGGUCCUCAUCGAGGCGGCCAAGGCGCAGUCGAACGGCACCGCGACCCUGCCGGACGAGGUCCUCGUCCUCUUCAACGCGCCGGUCAAUGCCUACGUCACGCCCAAGUUCUAUACCGAGACCAAGCCCGACACUGGCAAGGUCGUACCUACCUGGAACUAUGCGGCAGUGCAGGUCUACGGCAAGAUCAAGGUUUAUGGCGAGUCGAACGCCGAGUCAGCCGCCUUCCUGCAGGACCAGAUUGAGGAGCUCAGCGAGCGCCAGGAGCGCGCCGCUGGACACGAGAAGACUUGGAAGGUUUCCGACGCGCCCGACCGUUACAUUGACCUUUUGAAGAAGGCAAUUCUCGGCUUCGAGAUUACAAUCGACCGCAUUGAAGGCCGUUUCAAGCUGAGCCAGGAGUCGAGCGACGGCGACUGGGCUGGCGUGGUCAAGGGCUUCCGCGCAUUGGGCACCGAGAGGAGCCUGGCUGUGGCGGACAUGAUCGAGGAGCGCGGCGCGAAGCGCGGAGUCUCGCUCGAGUAG